AUGAAACUUUUUGCUAUCGCAACAACCGCUGCCCAAGCAUGGGAGCAGCCGAAAUACUUCGAUGCUUUGGAAAAGAUGCAACAGCGAUCAGUUACUGGCAAAAAGAAGUGCAAAUACACCUGCCCAGCAGGGGAGAAUAUGAACAUCCCGGGCGCAUCAGUUCAACCAAAAAUCUUCUCGACUGUCUGCAAGUGCCCUCGAGGAACAAAUCCACGAGUCUGCGGCUGGUGGGGACGAAAGUUUUCCACAGUGAUGGCGGCUACUCAGGCUGAUAUUGAUGCAAUUACUUGCAUUGAAGGAACUGCUACUACACCAGCUGCACCAACAACUACUGGAGCUGCGGCUUCGACCACGGCAGCUCCACCAGCUUCCACCACCGGUGCUCCACCAGCUUCCACCACCGGCGCUCCACCAGCGUCGACUACAGCUGCUCCACCAGCAUCUACGACUGCUGCUCCGCCAGCCAGCACAACUGCUCCAGCGGCCACUACUACCGGAGCCGGUGGAUUUUCUAGAGAAGCAUGCAUUUCACAACUUACAAGUGAUGGUCAUGCGGACCCAGAAGAAGCCUGCGAUGCAAUCAUCCUCCACAACACCUACAGAGCGAAUCAUAACGCUCCACCAUUCGGAAUUCCCUCCGCUGCUCUAUGCCAAGGUGCCCAAGAUUGGGCUGAUGGUGAGGCUGAGGCUAAUUCUCAAGGCCACACUGGAAUGGAACAUUCGGAGAACUCUGAGCGACCUGGUGUUGGAGAAAACAUGGCGUGGUCAUCUGCUACUUCCGGGUUUACGCUUUCCGAUGCGACUACUCUCUGGCAAGCCGAGGAUGCUUACUGGAAUUUUGAUGAUCACCAGGAAUGCACCAUGAGCCCUCUGUCCUGCCCAUCAUGUGAUUUCGGGCCUAACCCGGAUUCUUUCGCUGAUUGUGGUCAUUUCACGCAGAAUGUCUGGAAGGCCACGACUAGCGUCUGCGUCGCUAAGGCCGUCAAUUCUGAAGGCACAUAUAUCGUCGCCCGAUACGAACCAGGAGGAAACAUGAUUGGGCAAUUCAUGGACCAGGUCGACAGCGCAGGACCACUCGAUGGCGUCUACGUCGGAGCACCACAUGACUCUGGUAUUGGAUUUCCUUAA